AAGCAUUCGUCGUCUCCGGUACCAUAGCCGAAAACGUCCGCAUGGGUCGUGAUUGGCUCUCCGAUGAAGACGUGAAGAUAGCGUUGGACAAAGCAUGUUUGAUACCCCUACCAGGAAGCGUUAAUGCACCCAAUAUUAAGGCCAAUGUGCCAGCACUCGAGCAACGGGAAGACGGCCAAAUGGCCCAGCCCUUGACACUAGAAACAGAGAUAGGUGAAGGCGGCGUGACGCUGAGUGGUGGGCAGCAGCAAAGGUUGAAUCUGGCACGUGCUUGGGCAGGAAACCCAGCCAUUCUAGUUGCCGACGACCCGUUGUCAGCGGUGGAUCAUACCACAGCGACUAAGAUUUUCAGGAAUCUACGAGGCGAUACAAAUAAAACCAACGACGCCUCCUCGUUGAAGUUUGUGCUUCUUUGCCUGAGCCAACAGCCCAUGGUCGAUC